CGGUAGUUGCCAAAAGCGCGGGAACAAGAUGUGAUGUGUUUUGUGUCCCCUGAAAUAUUUGUCCUGAAUUUGUACAAUAAUUCACAGAAAUGGUGCAAAUUCUAAUGCGGCUGGAUCCCUGUGUUGAAGACUGGACUAUCAUUGAACUUCAAGGGGCCCUGGAAACUAGAGAAGGUGUCAGUCUUGAMGGAAAGCAUGUUGGUGAUUUACAUUUUGACAAUAUGGGUGUUCCCCAGUUUGUGAUUGGCCAUCAUCUUUUAUCAGGAAAAGUAGUCAACCUUGACAAACCUUAUGCAGUCAUGAAGAAAAAAACUAUUUGUGAACCAAUGGAAAAUGACAUGGGAAAGAAAGAGACUGAAUAUGAUAUUGUUGCUCUUGUGAAAAGGAAAAUUGUCUUCAAAAACAGACCAAAACCUAUCAUCAUAAAGACAGAGCCAAUAAGGAACUAGAAUCUUUACACAGUCCAUUGCUGCACCUUUUAAAAGCACUGUAUAAUGUCUUCACAAAACUUUCCAUUUGUAGAUCUAUUACAAMCUCAGUCAUGAAUGAAAUCUUGUUUUCUUAUUUAAUGAGAUAACACGCUAAAAGUUUGGCUUUCCUUUGAAAUGUAUGCUUGCUAAAAUCGCUCCUAUUAAUUUUCAAAUAGAAUUAGGAUCAAGUUUGUACUUACCAUUUGAACUCACACAAAAAUAAAUCUCCCAUGUAUAGAAAUU